GAAAUAUCAAAAUGUCAAGUGUAACUAUUAAUAUCGAGUCUAUUCCAUUCAUGAAGUCUAUUGCCAAGAGAUUAAAGACCAAAAUUAAGAAAAAUUUAAAACCUGAUAUGGAAUCGCUGACAAGAAAAGAUGCUAAGAUUAGACAGAAGAUGCUUAAUAAACUAGAUAAGCGGUUAACAAAAAUCAAGCUUGAAACAAGUGAUAAAAGAUUUAGAGUUUUCACUUCAAAGGGAAAUCGAGUCUCAAUUUUUGAUAAGAAAAGAGAAAGUCAUAGCCCAUAUUGCUCCUCAUUAAUUGUAUCCAGGUCGUUGUCAUCUUCUGAUUACUUAAACCAGGACAUAUCAAGCAGGAGGAGCAGGAAAACUCGAAAGCACAAAGCUCUUAGUACAAAUAACAGCUUUGCCAAGACAGGGUUCACUACCUCUCUGUCUACAAGAAAAGCAAGAGUGAAAGAAUUGUUAAGAAACAUAAACAUUAAAGUUGAAAAUCAGAAAUAAAUACUUCAAUAGAGCUAAAAUUCUACUCAAAAAGAAGAAAAAUUCAUUCCUCAAGGACCAGAACCAUAAACGAGAUUUGAUCAUUAGCGAUCUUAAUAAGAACUUCCCAGGGUCGGUGAUUCCCAAAGUGGUUAAAAAUAACCUUAUAAAACAGAAGUACAAGAGCAUUAACAGAAGUAUUAAAGAGUCUAUUGAGGUUAAGGAGAAUAGAGAGUGGAAGCUCACUAAUCUUAUUAGAGAUAUCAAGAUUGAAGAUAAGAUCAAGCAAAUGCUCUUUAGGCAGAACAAGCACUAGAAACUCUCACAGUUUUAUAAUAGAAUUUCAAUUUUGAGAAUGGA